AUGCUUAGACCAGAAGAAGAAGAUGCUUCAGAGCUCAAAAAUAUUGGAGACUCGUUAUCCAAAUCUAUCAAUUUAAUGAACAGUGAGAUUGCCAUUCUUCUUCAGCAUCGAUGUGAGCAGAUGAAGCAUUUGUCAGAUUCCAUGAAUCGACUUGCUCAAGUUUUCGAGAAGUCUUUACAGUAUGUUAAGCUCUCUAUUCGCUUCACAAAUCAGGAUUCUGUAAAGUAAGUUUGAGAGGGGUGUUACAUAAGUAGAUACCAGAUUGUUGAAUUCGAGCUUGCUGUGGUUGGAAAGCUUUGCCCUGAAAUUGUGGAGGAAGCUACUUCUGUUGUGCCAUCUCCCAAGAUGGAAGGGCGAGGUUAUGAUGAUGAAGCCAUCGACAGAUUAUUGAAUGACCUGGCCGUAAUGAUCAAGAAGUUUGCUUGA